GGUCUCGGGCCCCCAGGCGGAGCGGCGGGCGCCGGACCCCCAGGCGGGCGACAGGUCUCGGGCCCCCAGGCGGGGCGGCGGGCGCCGGACCCCCAGGCGGAGCGACAGGUCUCGGGCCCCCAGGCGGAGCGGCGGGCGCCGGACCCCCAGGCGGAGCGACAGGUCUCGGGACCCCAGGCGGAGCGACAGGACACCGGGUCACCAGGCACGACAGUGGGCUUUGAGUCAACUGGCAUGACCGCUGGCACUGGGUCAGACAAUGGAUCGUCUGGCUGGACAGCGGGCAUCGGGUCACCAGGCAUCAGGUCAUUUGGCUCGACAGCGGGCACCGCGUCAUCUGGCAAGGCAGUGGGCUCCGAGUCAACUGGCAUGACCGCGGGCACUGCGUCAGACAUUGGAUCGUCUGGCUGGACAGCGGGCAUCGGGUCACCAGGCAUCAGGUCAUUUGGCUCA